GAAGCGACGGCCGUCCAUUCCUCGUUCACAUUCCUGGUCCUGCUCUAGCCCCUGAUCAAGCCCUAGCCAUGGCAGACGAGACGGAUAUGCGGAGCGAGCUGGAGAACAUGCAGCAGCGGGCUGGCCAAGUGGCCGACGAGUCACUCGAGAGCACCCGGCGAAUGCUACAGAUGGUGGAGGAGAGUAAGGAUGCAGGAAUCAGAACCUUGGUUAUGCUGGAUGAACAGGGAGAGCAAUUGGAGCGUAUCGAGGAGGGGAUGGAGCAGAUCAAUAAGGACAUGAAAGAAGCCGAAAAGAAUUUGACAGAUCUAGGAAAAUUCUGUGGUCUUUGUUCGUGUCCGUGUAACAAACUGAAGUCCAGCGAUGCUUACAAGAAAGCCUGGGGCAACAACCAGGAUGGGGUGGUGGCCAGCCAGCCUGCGGCCAGGGUCAUGGACGAACGUGAGCAGAUGGCGAUCAGUGGAGGCUUCAUCCGCAGGGUGACGAAUGACGCCCGGGAGAACGAGAUGGAUGAGAACCUGGAGCAGGUGAGCGGAAUCAUUGGGAACCUGCGUCACAUGGCCCUGGACAUGGGCAACGAGAUCGACACCCAGAACCGCCAAGUGGACAGGAUCAUGGAGAAGGCCGAAUCCAACAAGACAAGGAUCGAUGAAGCCAACCAACGAGCCACCAAGAUGCUGGGAAGUGGCUAAAGGCUAGAGCCAGGCCAGCGGGUACCCAGACUGUUCCCAGGACAGUCACUCAUCUCAUCUAAUUGUGGUGUUUCACACACUCACACACACACACACACACACACACAGACACACACACAUACCGA